CACACAACAAAUACACACACACACACUCACACGCACACACAAAAUCAGUUUACAGGCAGCCACAUCAAUACUUGGCCUUUGUUCCCUUUCUCCUUCCUGCUGUACCUGUCACCGAUUGUGUUUGACUUUCACCGUGUGAGAGGGCGAGCUGUCAGUUGUGAGCUUCUCACUCUCAUUCGCCCUCCUUUUUUUUUUUUCUUUCAUCCUCUUUUCAUUUGACUUCCCUCCGACUUUAAGAAGAAGGUCGGGCACUCACAGUGAGAGCAGAAUAGUAGAGGGAGCAGUAAUUAAGAGAAGAAAGGUAAAACCAUGUGUUGUACGGGGAAGUGCGCCCGCCUGGUGGGCCUGGUCCUGCUGCCUUCAGCCUUCAUCUGCAUGAUCGCCAACUUGCUGCUGUUCUUCCCCGACGGCAAGAGUCUGGAAAAUGAUCAGAUCUCCCUCCAGGUCUGGCUCAUGGGGGGGCUCAUUGGAGGAGGCCUCUUUAUGCUGUGCCCGAGCUGUUCAGCUAUCAGGGCCGGGGGCAAGGGUUGCUGCGGAACAGGUUGCUGUGGCAACCGUUGCCGGAUGUUGAACUCGGUGUUCUCCUCUGCUUUCGGCCUGGUUGGAGCGAUCUAUUGCACCAGUGUGGCCUCAGCAGCUCUGGCUAUUGGACCCAAGUGUAUGGUGGAAAAUGGCAUGUGGGAAUACCCUUUCGACGACCUCGGCACGGGUAAUGGCAGCUACCUUGUAAACCAGACCCUGUGGACAAACUGUGUAUACCCUCACAAUGCAGUGAUGUGGCACGUCGUUCUGUUCUCCAUUCUGCUGUCCAUGGGUGUGCUGCAGUUGGUGCUCUGCGGCAUCCAGGUGGUCAACGGCUGCUUGGGAUGCAUCUGCGGGGACUGUCGCGACAGCAAAGAUGAUGAAGGUGGAUUGUGAAAGUGAAGAAGAUCACCCUGCUGUAACCUGCGUUCACAUACGACCCUGUGAGGCAUGUUGAGAUUUCCGUUUGACGACAUCUUUUUGAAAUAUGUCAAAUCCUUACUCCAUUAAUGUGCGAAUUUCCUUCCUGCUGAGGGUCUGUGUUGUAUUGCUUGACUUUCUUUGGUCGAAUUCUACAUUGACAUCAGGUGAAUGUGACGACACAAUGAGAACUGAUGAAUUUGAAAAAAUAUUUUAAACAAUAUUUACUAUUUUUUUAACGAUUGGAUUUCUGUAUCAUUAGUGAAAGUCAUUUUAACUUAAGCUAUAUCGGUUCUGUCUGAUUGUCAACAUUAAAAA